AUGGCACUUACAUCACACUUGACAAUGGAGGCCCGCACUGCGCCUGCGCCGAGCCUCGUGACAGCCCCUCCCCCACCCUACCCGAGAGGGUUCCGCCUUCGGGUUCCUCCGAGGCCUCUCGGACCCUCGGCUUGGACAAAGCCUCAUGAAUGUAACCAGUGUGGUAAAGCCUUUUCACAAAACAGUACUCUCUUAAGCCAUAAAAGAACACACACUAGGGAGAAACAUUAUGAAUGUGACCAGUGUGGUAAAGCCUUUGCAGAAAAGAAUAAUCUCAAACGGCAUAAUACAACACAUACUGGAAAGAAACCUUAUAAAUGCACUGUAUGUGGUAAAUCUUUCCACCAUACCACUGUUCUCAUAAGCCAUGAAAGAAGACACACUGGAGAGAAGCCUUACAAAUGUAAUCAAUGUGGUAAAGCCUUUACAAAAAACAGUCAGCUCAUACAGCAUAAAAGAACACAUACUGGAGAGAAACCUUAUGAAUGUAACCAGUGUGGUAAAGCCUUUGCAGAAAACAGUCAUCUCAUAAGCCAUAAAAGAACACACACUGGAGAGAAACCAUAUGAAUGUAAUGAGUGUGGAAAAGCCUUUGCAAAAAACCGUAAUCUCAUAAGCCAUAAAAGAACACACACUGGAGAGAAACCUUAUGAGUGUAACCAGUGUGGUAAAGCCUUUGCAGAAAACAGUCAUCUCAUAAGCCAUAAAAGAACACACACUGGAGAGAAACCAUAUGAAUGUAAUGAGUGUGACAAAGCCUUUGCACAAAACACUAAUCUCAUAAGCCAUAAAAGAACACACACUGGGGAGAAACCUUAUGAGUGUAACCAGUGUGGUAAAGCCUUUGCAGAAAACAGUCAUCUCAUAAGCCAUAAAAGAACACACACUGGAGAGAAACCAUAUGAAUGUAAUGAGUGUGGCAAAGCCUUUGCACAAAACACUAAUCUCAUAAGCCAUAAAAGAACACACACUGGGGAGAAACCUUAUGAGUGUAACCAGUGUGGUAAAGCUUUUGCAAAAAACAGUCAUCUCAUAAGCCAUGAAAGAACACACACUGGAGAGAAAACUUAUGAAUGUAACCACUGUGGUAAAGCCUUUGCACAAAACAGUCAUCUCAUAAGCCAUAAAAGAACACACACUGGGGAGAAACCUUAUGAAUGUAAAGAGUGUGGUAAAGCCUUUGCACGCAACAAUAAUCUCAUAAGCCAUAAAAGAACACAUACUGGAAAGAAACCUUAUGAAUGCAAUGACUGUGGUAAAUCUUUCACAUGUUCCAAUUAUCUUUGCAGGCAUGAAAGCAGUCAUACUGGAGAGAAACCUUCUAAAUGCACUCUCUGUGGUAAAGCCUUCCCCUAUACCACUGAUCUCAUACAGCAUAAAAGAACACACACAGGAGAGAAGCCUUACAAAUGUAAUCAAUGUGGUAAAGCCUUUGCAAAAAACAGGCAUCUCAUAAACCAUAGAAGAACACACACUGGAGAGAAACCUUAUGAAUGUAACCAGUGUGGUAAAACCUUUGCACAAAACAGUACUCUCUUAAGCCAUAAAAGAACACACACUGGAGAGAAACCUUAUGAAUGUAACCAGUGUGGUAAUGCCUUUGCAAAGAAGAAUAAUCUCCUAAGGCAUAAAAGAAAACACACUGGAGAGAAACCUUAUGAAUGUAACCAGUGUGGUAAAGCCUUUGCACAAAACAGUCAUCUCAUACGGCAUAAAAGAACACACACUGGAGAGAAACCUUAUGAAUGUAACCAGUGUGGUAAAGCCUUUGCAGAAAACAGUACUCUCAUACGGCAUAAAAGAACACAUACUGGAAAGAAACCU